AUGUCGAUGUACUUCUUCCGACUGCACAACCUGCGCCGUCAGGCGGAGGAGGUACGGAAGAAGCGACAAAAACGUGGCAGAAGCAGCCAGGGCGGACAACUUGGGACCAACCAAACGGACCAGUCUCAACCGAUGGCUGGAUCCAUGCAAUGCUGCAAUCGGAUUCAUCGGGGCCCUAGCAGGCUCUUCGAACGGGCCCCUUUACAACCUAGCGACUCGCUUGACGAAAUCGCCUUUCAAAUACCGAGAGUUCGCGUUGAGUAUUAUGUGAAUGAAAAUACAUUCAAGGAACGACUGCAGUUGUACUUCAUCAAGAAUCAACGUUCGAGCUUGAGAAUACGACUUGCCAAUCUCUUCUUCAAGCUCUUAACAUGCUUCCUGUAUAUAUUCAGGGUUAUUACCGACAACGAUCCAACGUUCGCAGCAUGUUACGGUUGUAUACCCGGCAACAAGACCGAGUUUCUCGCGUCGCAGAACUUGACGGAGGAGGAAUUCCAGGAACACCCGACCAUCAAUUGGGAUGCGAUCUUAUGGGUCAGAAGACCCUUAGAGUUAUGGGUUGUCCAAGUCAUCUUGGCUAUGGUGUCGUUAACCGAAGCUUUGCUACUUGCCUACCUCGGUUACAAGGGAAAUGUCUGGCAGCAGCUUCUAUCCUUCCAUUUCAUCCUGGAACUGGUCAACACGAUCCCGUUCACAAUCACGUUAUUAUACCCACCAAUGAGAAAUCUGUUCAUUCCGGUGUUCCUAAAUUGCUGGUUGGCAAAGCACUCUUUGGAAAACAUGUUUAACGACCUACACCGAGCAAUGCAGAAGUCUCAAUCGGCAUUGAGUCAACAGCUGAUGAUCCUUAGUGCUACGUUACUGUGCCUUGUCUUUACUAGCGUAUGCGGGAUCCAGCAUUUCCAGAGAGCAGGGCACAGGCAUUUGAAUCUAUUUCAAAGUACGUACUACGUUGUGGUUACAUUCUCCACGGUGGGCUAUGGGGAUAUCGUACCGGACAUUUGGCCUUCGCAACUUUAUAUGGUCAUUAUGAUCUGCGUGGCUCUCAUAGUUUUACCAACACAGUUCGAACAGUUAGCAUUCACAUGGAUGGAGAGACAGAAGCUUGGUGGCUCGUAUUCAUCACACAGAGCGCAAAGCGAGAAGCACGUGGUAGUUUGCAGUACGACACUGCAAGCCGACACCAUUAUGGACUUUCUAAACGAGUUUUACGCCCAUCCCUUGCUGCAGGACUAUUAUGUGGUGCUUUUAUCACCGAUGGAACUCGAUACCACAAUGCGGAUGAUCCUGCAAGUGCCAAUCUGGGCGCAGAGGGUAAUCUACAUACAGGGCUCGUGCCUGAAGGAUGGUGAUCUUGCGAGAGCCAGGAUGAACGAGGCAGAAGCUUGUUUUGUGCUGGCAGCGAGAAAUUAUGCUGACAAAACCGCUGCUGAUGAACACACGAUACUCAGAUCAUGGGCGGUGAAAGAUUUUGCGCCCAUCGUUCCUCAAUAUGUUCAAAUCUUCCGUCCGGAAAACAAGCUCCACGUGAAGUUCGCGGAGCACGUGGUGUGCGAGGAUGAAUUUAAAUACGCCCUUUUGGCAAAUAAUUGCACAUGUCCCGGCGCAUCGACGUUGGUGACCUUGUUGCUACACACAUCUAGGGGACAAGAAGGUCAACAAUCACAGGAAGAAUGGCACAGGUUAUAUGGUAAAUGUUCCGGCAACGAGAUUUAUCACAUAAUUCUCGGCGACUCCCGCUUUUUCGGAGAGUACGAGGGAAAAUCUUUCACCUACGCGUCCUUCCACAGCCACCGGAAAUACGGGGUUGCGCUUGUCGCAGUCAGACCGGCGGUUUUUUUUAUCCUGAAUCUCGCGACACAUUACCGGUGUCUUUCCUUUUUCUUGGGACCACGACAUAUAAUGAAAAAGACCGAUACUUGCUACUACAUGAGCAUCACCAAAGAGGAAAAUUCCGCGUUCGUGGUCGCGAAUAAUCAAGGUGGUAUUGGCGAGGCAACGCAGGUGAUCGUCGAAACAAAGACGGACGCAACAUCUGCUAAUAACGGGUCGACAACGAGUACCCCGACGACCAACGCUGUAACGGCGACCAUGAAUUCUACAGGGGUAACAUCGGCGACAACGACGACGACUACCACCACGACGAUAUCGACCAGCUGCACCGGUUGCGGUGAUGGGAACGGUACAGCAAUGAGCAACGGUGCCAACGCGCACCAACGAUUUUCCAACAGUUGUAACAUUGCGCUGAGCGAAACACUCUGCAGACAGGAGACCUGCACGGGGCCCCGUGUGCAAGACCGAUCGAACGGUCUCCAAGAUCACAGGGCCCCGUUGCCACCGCAGGUUAUUUUGCAGGUCCUCCCUAGCACGCCCAUACCAACCCAACACUACAACUUACUCGCAUCCAAUGUCCACCCGACUUAUCUCGAUCCCGGCGGAUUCGGGGAUUCGAGGCAAUGCUUAAAAGAGGGAGGAUCGACGCCACAAACGCCUAUCACGGGAAAUCAUCUUGAUGUGCCACGAUCUCUCGAUCCGAAUCCAAAUCUGCUUAGUCCAGAAAUUCUAAUGCAAAGGAGAGGAAGCAGAAGACCAAGUAUUCUACCAGUACCAGAUAUGUUGACAAGCUCGACGUUACAUCUCCCUGGUCAAGAAUCCUUAGACCACGAAGCUGACGAGUCUGAAGAUGAAAUGGAUGAUGAUGUUCCUUGGAGAUCGCCAAGCGAGAAGAUCGCGAUUGUCAAGGGAUUUCCGCCAGUUUCACCUUUUAUUGGAGUCUCGCCAACCUUGUGUUAUCUUCUUAAAGAAAAGAAGCCUCUCUGUUGCCUUCAGCUGGCUCAGGUGUGCCAGCAUUGCAGUUAUAGAAACGCCAAAGAAUACAAUUGGCAGAAUAAGACUAUUAUAUUGGCAGCCGAUUAUGCUAGCAAUGGAAUUUAUAACUUUAUAAUACCACUGAGGGCACAUUUUAGGUCGAAAACAUCAUUAAAUCCGAUCAUCCUUUUGCUGGAAAGAAAACCGGAAAUCGCAUUUCUCGAUGCAGUGUCCUACUUUCCAUUGGUCUAUUGGAUGCGCGGUUCUAUCGACUGUUUAGAUGAUCUUCUCCGGGCUGGUAUUACUUUGGCAGAAAAUGUUGUAGUCGUAAACAAGGAACUCAACAAUUCCGCCGAGGAAGAUACUCUGGCUGAUUGCAACACGAUUGUUGCAGUACAAACUAUGUUCAAAUUCUUCCCAAGCAUAAAGAGCAUAACAGAAUUGUCCCAGUCGAGCAAUAUGCGUUUCAUGCAGUUUCGGGCACACGACAAGUACGCUUUGCAUCUCAGCAAAAUGGAAAAGAGAGAAAAGGAAAGAGGAUCUCACAUAUCGUAUAUGUUUCGACUACCGUUCGCCGCCGGCAGUGUCUUCAGCGCCUCGAUGUUAGAUACUUUGCUUUAUCAAGCAUUCGUCAAAGAUUACGUAAUAACGUUCGUAAGGCUAUUAUUGGGAGUAGAUCAAGCGCCAGGAUCUGGGUUUCUUACAUCGAUGCGUAUAACAAAGGAUGACAUGUGGAUAAGAACAUAUGGUAGAUUAUAUCAAAAACUUUGUUCGACCACCUGCGAAAUUCCAAUUGGAAUAUACAGGACGCAAGAUACUACUGUAUCUGACUCCUCGCACGGCGACUCAGACGCGGAAAGCGACGCCGGCGUCGGUGUGACGUACAAGGUGCGUCAUUCGGCGGCAGCCUCGUGCCUUGCAAAUUGCGGUACCCGUGACAAGGGUGCAUCUGCUUAUUCGGUGAGUCUUGGCGACGAGGCACGCGACAAUCAUGCGCAGCAGAUCGAACGGGCGGAGAUUGCAAACUUGGUGCGUUCACGGAUGGAAUCGCUAAACCUCCCGGUUGCCGACUAUGACGAUGUAUCGGAGAAGCGUAACAGUCUCUCCUAUGUGAUUAUCAACCCAAGCUGCGAUCUAAAACUCGAAGAAGGUGACAUUGUCUACUUGGUGCGACCCAGCCCGUUCUCCGCUCAGAAGACCUUCGAACGACACAACUCUCGCCGCAAGAGCAACAUCAGUUUUUGUUCAGCGCAGCUAGUAUCGCAGAUGAGCGCAGCAGUUGCGGCAGCAGGUCUGCAGACCGGCGGACUGGGUAGUCGUCGCGGUUCCAGCAUAGGUUUAGCCAGAGCGCCACCCUUAGGCACGACCAAGUCAAAUUCACUGUCUUUACCAGAUAGUCCUACCGUGGCCGGCACUCUACGCGGUCGUUCAAACUCGUUGAGGGUGGUCGACGAUAUUCUGCUGCGACGCAGUAAUUCUCUGAGGCAGGGUUUGACGACCAGGAGGAAGAGUAGUCUGGAGGAUAUCGGUUUGGGUGCGCUUUCACAUCCCUCCAAUCACAACUCGAUCAAGAUUGCCUUGAAUGGCUCAAUUGGUCUGGAAGUGACACCGCCAGAAGAAGGUUCGCAGGCUGGCAUCGGCGCUAGCAAUACCGGUAUUCUCGAUGUAGGUCUGCCCUCCAUGCCGGAACUUAACGCAGCCUUGGGACCCAGUCUCGGCGCGGGCCUCGGUGGCUCUUUGGGUGGUCUCUACGAACCAUCCUCUCUUCAGUAUCCAAUGGGUUCACCCUGCCAAUCGCCGCAGAUGCAGGGUACCACACAAGAUCCGCAACAUAUACAGGGGACAAUAGUAUGAUAUAACCUAAUGUGGGGACGCAGGCUCUCCGGCGUGGCACGAAAUAAGUGGCUGUAGCGUUCCCACAUAGCGUUUAAUGCUAGGCGACAUCAAGAAUGAUGACGUCCUUAUAACGAUUGUAACAGCUCGAUAAAGGAUAUUUUAACCAGCGUAUUUCGUGGGACUGACUAAGCCAGAUGAAUGAGACGGCUGGAGAGCAAGGUGUUUGCUUCGAUGAAAUUGAUCACAUCAGACUAGUGACUAUCGCGAGUAUUAGAAAAUAUAUUUUGCAAUAGAUAAAG